AUGGCAGCCCCGGCCCUGCCCUCGCUGCCCCCAGAACUGCUGAUCCGCAUCCUCGACCUCACCGACGCACGGACCCGCGCGACGUGUCUCCGCGUAAACUCAGCCUUCUACGCCGCGUGUAUCCGCAAAACUUCCCACACCGUAAGGCUGUAUGCGAACGACGCGGCGCUUCCCCUGUCUGGGCCGCACGCCGCCGAGCUGGCACCUUACGUCCGCGUGCUCGACGUUGCGCGGCACCCGGCCUCGGCGUGCGCCGCCGUCCCCUCGACCUACCCGCCCCCAAUGGCCAAGCUCGGCACCCUCCGCCUGCGCAUAGGCUCGUAUCCCUACACAGACCACCUGCACAGCGACGCGGGGUAUGAGCCUGGUGUGUGCCGCAUAGUCUCUGGCUUGCGUGCAAGUACCCUCGUCCUCCGGGACACUGUGACCGAGGCGAUGCCCGGCAGCCUGACAAACAACCCCGCCAAGACGCUCGGCGACGAUGCCUUCUCGGCGGUGCGACACGUCGUGUGCGUGCUCGCCUCGGGCGUGACCCUGGAAAGUAGCAGCCUGUUCGCUCUCUACUCGGUCGCGAUGGCGGCGUGGAGGGGUCCCGUGCGCUUCACCUUCGUAUUCUGGACCGAAACCCGCGACGAGGUGUGGGAGCCGCCCAGUGUGGCUGACGAAGGCGUGGAUCGGAACGAAAGCUGGUGGCUCAGUCUCGGCGCCUUCAACUACAUCCUGCUUGCGUACCCUGUGACCGAGGGGCCGCUGCUCACCAUCGUGAAUGCCGGCGCCAUGCGCAGCGGCGAUACCGUCGCCGACCCGGUCAAUACCCUCUCCCAAGCCGAGCUGUGCGACGAGCUCUCGGUCGCACAGCGCGCUACCAAGCUCGAGGAACGAAUCCGUGCCGACUUCAACGAGAAGUGCGACGACCUCGACUCUGGGGAGAGCGUGCCGGCGCAUGGGGAUUGGGACCCUGAGAUGCGCAGGAAGGUCGAUCACAUGCGCUUCUUGUCCAUGGACGAGUUCCUUGAGGAAGACAAUGGGGACGCGUUUGACGAGUGCGAGCUCGCUGGGUGGAGGUAG